AUGAAAAGUUUGGAACUCGUUGGCGAGGCUCUACAACUUGAAUUCAAUAUUCGUCAACAUCCUGAUAUUUGGCUCGCAGACCAUAAUGAACAAGCAAAUCAUAAAGCAGGUUACAAACAGAAGCCUGACAUAGCUAUGUGCCAAAAGAAGAAUAUAUUUGAUCCAUUAUACAAAUUACUCACCAAACUAAAUGAAUCAAAUGAAUCAAAUAUUUCAAACAAAUUACUUGACACAUUAAAAAUAAUAGAAGAUUGUACCAGUUGUUCACAAGGAAGAUAUAAUUAUUUUUAUUUAUUUUAUGAAACAUUAAACAAACUAAAAAAGAUUUCAGAAGAAUUAAAAUCGGAAGAAAAUGAAGAUAGGAAAGCAGAAAUAAUCCAUAAAUUAGGUGAUGAAUCAAAUAAAUUAGAUGUUAAAAUGAAUAAAUUAAGAUUAUGUUAUGGGUGUCAAAAGAAGAAUAUAUUAAACCCAUUAUAUGAAUUACUCAUCAAACUAAAUGAAUCAAAUGAAUCAAUUAUUUCAAACAAUUUACUUGACAGAUUAAAAAUAAUAGAAAAUUGUACCAGUUGUUCACAAAUAUAUAAUCAUUAUUAUUUAUUUUAUGAAUCAUUAAAUGAACUAAAAAAGAUUUCAGAAGAAUUAGAUGGGGAGGAAAAUGAAGAUAGGAAAGCAGAAAUAAUCCAUAAAUUAAGUGAUGAAUUAAAUAAAUUAGAUGCUGAAAUAAAUCUAGCAUUAUGUGAUGGGUGUCAAAAGAAGAAUGUAUUUGAUCCAUUAUAUGAAUUACUCAUCAAACUAAAUGAAUCAAAUGCAUCAAUUAAUUCAAACAAAUUACUUGACACUUUAAAAAUAAUAGAAGAUUGUACCAGUUGUUCACAAAGAUAUAAUUAUUAUUAUUUAUUUUAUGAAUCAUUAAAUGAACUAAAAAAGAUUUCAGAAGAAUUAGACAAUGAAGAAAAUGAAGAUAGGAAAGCAGAAAUAAUCCAUAAAUUAAGUGAUGAAUUAAAUAAAUUAGAU